AGAAAGAAGCAGCUGUAAAUAAUAAGUGCAUAAUUUAACUCCCCAUCCCGCUUAUGUAUAAAAAGACGAGCAGAUGUAAGAUAGUAAUGGCCCCCUUAAGGCCCUCAAAAUGGUAUGAGAGAUAAUAAUAAAAAGGGUCGUCAUUUUCAACCGGUAAGCAUUACCUGUUACAGCCUUCUGCCAUUGUUACAGAAAUUGAAAGACCGAUAACGACGCAUGAUAUACAGUAGUAAUUGAGACAGCAGUGUAAAGAGAGAGAGAAAGAAAGAAAGAGAGAGCUGUAUUCGUUGCAGGUUUUUGCAGCAGAGAUUUGCAGAAACUCUUUUAACUUUAUCUUCUCAAAUAAUUCUCUCUUUCAUAACUUCUCUCUACAGUACUAUUCUCUUCUUCUGUAGUGUUUUUAGUUUUUACUCCCCCACCCACCUUCCCACAUUUACCGAUUAGAUUGAACAAACCCUCAAAUCCUAGACUUCUUCUCUCUUAUAAUGUCGUCUGCAACCUCCAUUGACGUCGGUUAAACCUCAUUCUCAUUUGGGUUUUUACUGUUUCCCCCGGAAAGCUCGAUAUCCCACUCUUCAUUGUCGGUCGAUUAACACUUCUCAAAAGCUUAGUCUCAUUUGGGUUUUUGCUAAAACACACUUCUUCAAUGAUGUCUGCAACCUCGAUUGACUAAUGGAAUCGUCUCUAUAUACGAAAUUCUCAUUUGGGUUUUCGAUGUUUGGCCGGAAAAGUCGUUCCGGCGACAUGUCCUUUCAUCUCCUUCUGUUUCUUCUUCUUGUUCUUCCUCACAGCUGGUUUAACUCCGGUUUAGUGAAAGCGGAUGAUGAAACAGUUUUAUUGGAGAUUAAGAAAUCGUUUAGGGAUGUUGAUAAUGUAUUGUACGACUGGACUUCUUCUUCCUCCGGGGAUCAUUGCGUUUGGAGAGGUGUUAUCUGUGAUAAUGUCACAUUCACCAUCGUUGCACUUAAUCUCUCGAGUUUAAAUCUUGAUGGUGAAAUCUCACCUGCAAUUGGAAGUCUUAAAAACCUAGAAUCUAUUGAUCUAAGGGGUAACCGUCUCUCCGGUCAGAUACCUGAUGAAAUCGGCGAUUGUUCGAAUCUGAAAAACUUGGAUUUAUCGUGUAAUGGGUUAUAUGGCGAUAUACCUUUUUCGAUUUCUAAGUUGAAACAACUCGAAAAUCUGGUUUUGAAGAACAAUCAAUUGACAGGUCCUAUACCUUCUACCUUGUCUCAGAUUCCAAACUUAAAAAUCUUAGAUUUGGCUCAGAACAAUCUGACUGGAGAGAUACCAAGGCUAAUUUAUUGGAAUGAAGUCCUACAAUAUCUGGGAUUGCGCGGUAACAAUUUGGUUGGAACUUUAUCAGAAGAUAUGUGUCAGCUAACUGGAUUGUGGUUCUUUGAUGUGAGAAAUAAUAGUUUGACGGGUGAAAUUCCUUCUAACAUUGGGAAUUGCACUUCUUUCCAAGUCUUGGAUUUGUCCUACAACCAUCUGACUGGAGAGAUUCCAUUUAACAUUGGGUUCUUGCAAGUCGCAACCCUAUCAUUACAAAGUAACAAGCUUUCAGGUCAAAUCCCAUAUGUCAUUGGCUUAAUGCAAGCUUUAGCUGUUCUAGAUCUAAGCUGCAAUAUGCUGAGUGGGUCUAUUCCUGCAAUUCUGGGUAAUUUGACAUAUACCGAGAAAUUAUACCUUCAUGGGAAUCAGCUGAGUGGUUCUAUUCCUCCAGAACUCGGAUUGAUGUCGAAGCUCCAUUACUUGGAAUUAAAUGAUAAUAAGCUGACAGGACAUAUUCCUCCAGAGCUAGGAAAGUUAACUGAAUUGUUUGAUUUAAAUGUUGCUAACAACUUACUCGAAGGCUCAAUCCCCGAGAAUCUUAGCUCGUGCACAAAUCUUAAUAGCCUAAAUGUGUACAAGAACAGAUUGAAUGGAACCAUUCCUCUUGCGUUUGAGAAGCUCGAAAGCAUGACUAAUCUAAAUCUUUCUUCAAAUUACCUCAAAGGACCCAUUCCAAUUGAACUUUCACGAAUUGGAAACUUGGAUACGCUGGAUUUAUCCAACAAUAUAAUUACUGGUCCAAUUCCAUCUUCAAUUGGGGAUUUGGAACAUCUUCUUAGACUGAACUUGAGCAGUAACAAUUUGGAUGGGUUUAUACCGGCUGAAUUUGGAAAUCUGAGAAGUGUUAUGGAAAUCGAUGUUUCGAAUAAUCGUCUUUCCGGCCCCAUUCCAUCAGAGCUUGCUCUGCUUCAGAAUCUUUUCUUAUUGCAAGCCGAAAACAAUUCCUUGUCUGGAGAUGUUAGUUCUUUGGUUGGUUGUCUAAGCCUUGCAGUAUUAAAUGUAUCGUAUAACAAUCUUAAUGGAGUUAUCCCCACCGGAAAUAACUUCUCGAGGUUCUCAUCCGAAAGUUUUAUGGGUAAUCCCGGUCUCUGUGGCUACUGGCUUGAUUCUCAAUGUCACGUCCCACAUGCAACAACCGAGAGAGUUGUAAUAUCGAAAGCGGCGAUAUUGGGGAUUGCAUUGGGAGCUCUCGUGAUUCUCCUUAUGAUCUUAGUAGCCGUUUGUUGGCCUCACAAUCAUCCAACUCCUUUUCCUGACGGAUCGUUUCAUAAACCAGUGGCUUAUUCAACGCCAAAGCUCGUAAUCCUCCACAUGAACAUGGCACUUCACGUUUACGAGGAUAUAAUGAGAAUGACGGAGAAUCUGAGCGAGAAAUACAUAAUAGGUUGUGGGGCAUCAAGCACGGUUUACAAAUGCGUAUUAAAGAAUUGCAGGCCUGUUGCUAUUAAAAAGAUCUACUCUCAUUACCCGCAGUAUUUAAAAGAGUUCGAAACUGAGCUCGAAACUGUCGGAAGCAUCAAGCAUAGGAAUCUUGUCAGCCUUCAAGGUUAUUCAUUGUCUCCAAUGGGAAACUUGCUGUUUUAUGAUUACAUUGAAAAUGGCAGCCUCUGGGAUCUUCUUCAUGGAUCUUCGAAAAGGAAGAAACUCAGCUGGAUCACUCGAAUUCAGAUAGCAAUGGGUGCAGCUCAAGGGCUUGCAUAUCUUCAUCACGACUGUAGCCCAAGGAUAAUCCAUCGAGAUGUGAAAUCGUCUAAUAUUUUACUCGACAAAGAUUUCGAGGCCCAUUUAACUGACUUUGGAAUUGCAAAAAGCUUAGGCACAUCCAAGACUCACACUUCUACUUACGUAAUGGGUACAAUCGGUUACAUAGACCCUGAAUAUGCCCGAACUUCUCGUUUAACUGAAAAAUCUGACGUUUAUAGCUAUGGAAUUGUCCUUCUUGAGCUUCUGACGGGUCGAAAAGCUGUGGAUGAUGAAUGCAACCUCCUUAGUCUAAUCUUGGCAAAGGCAGCAAACAAUGCAGUGAUGGAAACAGUUGAUCCAGAAAUAACUGCUACAUGUAAAGAUGCAACUGCGAUUAAGAAACUAUUCCAACUCGCACUUCUUUGUACUAAAAGACAGCCAUCCGACAGGCCAACAAUGCAUGAAGUGGUUAGGGUUCUUGAAAGUUUGACGCCUGAUGAGAAUCCGAAGAUGUGUGCUCCUGUUGCGCCGUUUCCACUCCUACCUUCAAAGGUACCGUCUUACAUAGACGAAUACGCAAAUAUUAAGACGCCACAUUUGGUUAACUGCUCAUCUAUGAGCACGUCAGAUGCUCAGCUGUUUCUCAAGUUUGGAGAGGUUAUUUCUCAGAACAGUCACUGAACAUGAUCAUGUUGUCUUUUUUUUGGGUAAGUUAAGGUUAAAGAUGAUGAUCCUAGGUGUAGAAUGGUUGGAAACAGUUAUUAUUAUUAUUACUAUGAAUUAUGAUGAUGAUCAGGUGAAUAUUUAAUAUGUAGUUUUAACUCUUAUUAUUUGUUU